AUGGCUACCACAUCAAACCAAUUCUUGUACAGCUUGACCAUCAACCCUCCCACCGCCAUCACCCAAGCAAUCCUCGGACAAUUUGCUGGCACGAAAGAGCAACAGAUUGUGACUGCCUCUGGUUCGCGUCUCACUCUCCAUAGACCAGAUCCAUCGCAAGGAAAGAUCAUCACAGCACUUUCACACGAUGUUUUUGGUAUAAUAAGAGCUAUUGCAGCUUUCAGAUUGGCUGGUAGCAAUAAGGAUUACAUUAUCAUCACAUCCGACUCUGGCCGUAUAACGAUCGUCGAGUUCGUCCCCGCACAAAACAAGUUCAAUCGCCUACAUCUCGAGACUUUUGGCAAAUCGGGCGUUCGAAGAGUAGUUCCAGGGCAAUACUUGGCUGUGGACCCGAAAGGCAGAGCUUGCUUGACUGCAUCGGUGGAGAAGAACAAGCUUGUAUAUGUCUUGAAUCGCAAUUCUCAGGCGGAACUUACUAUAUCAUCCCCCUUAGAAGCCCAUAAAGCACAAACUUUAGUGUUCGCAUUGGUAGCAUUGGAUGUGGGAUACGCAAAUCCGGUGUUUGCGGCUCUCGAGGUUGAUUAUGGAGAGUCGGACCAGGAUCCCACAGGUCAAGCCUAUGACGAGAUUGAGAAACAGCUUGUCUACUACGAACUUGACCUGGGCCUGAAUCAUGUGGUGCGAAAAUGGUCGGAGCCUGUCGAUCGAACGGCGAAUAUACUUUUCCAGGUGCCUGGAGGAACGGAUGGACCUAGUGGUGUUUUAGUUUGCGGAGAGGACAAUAUCACCUAUAGGCACUCUAAUCAAGAAGCGUUCCGCGUUGCUAUUCCUCGCCGCCGUGGUGCAACGGAAGAUCCACAAAGAAAACGAAACAUUGUAGCAGGAGUUAUGCAUAAACUCAAGGGUGCUGCAGGAGCUUUCUUCUUCUUACUACAGACAGAUGAUGGUGAUCUUUUCAAAAUAACCAUUGAGAUGGUUGAAGACGAUAAUGGGCAACCAACUGGAGAAGUCAGACGUCUCAAAAUUAAGUACUUUGAUACUGUGCCUGUUGCGGCGAGUCUCUGUAUCCUCAAAAGUGGAUUUCUUUUUGUUGCAAGCGAGUUCGGCAACCAUCAGUUCUACCAAUUUGAGAAGCUUGGUGAUGACGAUGAAGAAACAGAAUUUGUCAGCGAUGAUUUCCCAACUGGAGCUCAUGAAUCAUACACGCCCAUCUAUUUUCAUCCACGACCAGCUGAGAAUUUGAGCUUAGUCGAAAGUAUCGACUCGAUGAAUCCGUUGAUGGACUGUAAAGUUGCCAAUCUCACGGACGAGGAUGCACCACAAAUCUAUUCCAUUUGUGGUACCGGCGCUCGAAGUACUUUCAGAACCCUGAAACAUGGCUUAGAAGUAAGUGAAAUCGUCGAAUCCGAACUGCCUGGUGUGCCAUCUGCAGUCUGGACGACAAAGCUUACUAGAGGUGAUACCUAUGAUGCUUACAUCAUUCUCUCUUUCUCAAACGGUACUUUGGUUCUCAGCAUUGGUGAAACUGUGGAAGAAGUAACUGAUACUGGGUUUUUGUCAUCGGCGCCAACACUAGCUGUACAGCAACUUGGCGAGGAUUCCUUAAUUCAGGUGCAUCCUAAAGGUAUUCGACACAUUCGCGCGGAUCGUCGUGUGAAUGAGUGGGCUGCUCCUCAGCAUCGUUCUAUCGUUGCAGCUACUACAAACGAACGACAAGUUGCUGUAGCUCUAAGUUCUGGAGAGAUUGUCUAUUUUGAGAUGGAUUCAGAUGGAUCUCUCGCCGAAUAUGACGAAAAGAAAGAGAUGAGCGGUACAGUUACCUGUUUGAGUCUUGGUGAAGUUCCAGAAGGACGUCAAAGAAGUCAAUUUUUAGCUGUUGGUUGCGAUGACUCAACAGUACGUAUUCUGAGUUUGGAUCCCGAAUCAACACUGGAGAACAAGUCGGUUCAAGCUUUGACUUCUCCUCCAAAUGCUCUUUCCAUUAUGGCUAUGUCGGACUCAUCAUCUGGUGGCUCAACUCUCUACCUUCAUAUCGGACUCUAUUCUGGUGUCUAUCUACGAACCGUUUUAGAUGAAGUGACUGGAGAGCUCUCUGACACACGAACACGUUUCCUUGGACCAAAGCCUGUCAAGCUUUUCAGAGUAGCCGUUCAAGGUCAGACUGCAGUGCUUGCACUCAGCUCUAGACCAUGGCUCGGAUAUUCCGAUCCCGCCACCAAAGGGUUUAUGCUCACCCCACUAGACUAUCCAGCUUUGGAAUGGGGCUGGAAUUUCAGUAGUGAGCAGUGUACUGAAGGAAUGGUGGGAAUUCAAGGACAAAAUCUAAGAAUAUUUUCUAUCGAGAAACUCACCGAUAACCUUUUGCAAGAAUCCAUCCCUCUAACCUAUACUCCUCGUCGUUUCGUCCGACAUCCCGAACAUCCUUGUUUCUAUGUCAUCGAAGCAGACAAUAACAUACUUUCUCCAGCCACAAAGCAGAAGCUACUCGAAGAUCCUUCUGUUACAAAUGGUGAUGCCACAGUACUUCCCCCUGAGGAGUUUGGUUACCCGAGAGGAACAAACCACUGGGCGUCUUGCAUCUCUGUCGUCGAUCCUGUGACCGAAAAGAAAGUCUUGUCUACAAUUCACCUCGAGGACAAUGAAUGUGCAGUCAGCAUCGCUGUUGUUGCUUUCGCUAGUCAAGAAGAUGAAACAUUCUUAUGCGUCGGAACUGGUAAAGAUUUGGUGGUUAGCCCGAGAUCGUUCUCUGCAGGUUUUAUUCACGUGUACCGCUUCCACGAAGACGGUAAGGAGCUCGAAUUCAUACACAAAACGAAAGUUGAGGAACCACCUAUGGCACUACUUGCUUUCCAAGGUAGACUAUUAGCUGGAGUAGGGAAAGAUCUACGUAUUUACGACCUUGGAAUGCGACAACUCUUACGAAAAGCACAAUCUGAAGUUGCGCCUAAUAUGAUUGUUGGAUUGCAAACCCAAGGUAGUCGUAUCAUUGUCAGUGAUGUCCAAGAGAGUAUCACUAUGGUCGUGUACAAAUUCCAAGAGAAUAGACUCAUUCCAUUCGUGGAUGAUACUAUCGCAAGGUGGACAUCGUGUACUACCAUGGUAGAUUAUGAGACUGUGGCAGGAGGGGACAAAUUCGGCAACAUUUGGCUUCUUCGUUGCCCCGCUAAAGCCAGUGAAGAAGCGGAUGAAGAAGGCUCAGGUGCUCAUCUUCUACACGAACGUCAAUAUCUGGCUGGAGCCCCUCAUCGAUUAACAUUGAUGGCGCAUAACUUUUCCCAGGAUAUUCCUAUGAGCAUUCAAAAGACAAACCUCGUUGCCGGAGGUAGAGAUUGCUUACUGUGGAGUGGUCUUCAAGGCACACUUGGUAUCUUGAUACCAUUCGUCAGUCGAGAAGAUGUAGACUUCUUCCAGACAUUGGAACAACAUCUUAGAUCAGAAGACCCGCCUUUGGCUGGAAGAGAUCACUUAAUAUACCGAAGUUAUUAUGUGCCAGUAAAGGGCGUCAUUGAUGGAGAUUUAUGCGAAAGAUAUACCCUCUUGCCAACGGACAAGAAACAAAUGAUUGCAGGAGAGUUGGACCGCUCGGUUAGGGAGAUUGAGAGAAAAAUAUCGGAUAUUCGGACACGAUCGGCAUAUUAA